CAUGGAGCGCUCGCCCGGCACCGAGACCGCCCGGCUGGUCAGCCCGCGCGGUGGCCGCGCCGACGGCAGCCUGCGCCUCAAGAGCCUCUUUGCCAGCUCGCGGGAUGCCCUGGCACCGCAGCCCCCCGGGAAGGGGGCCCAGCCCACGGCCCCUGCCCUGGAGGGGGGUCCGGCACCACGCUGCCGCUGCAGCCCCGCCGCACCCAGCCCCAGCAGCGGGAGGCUCCAGGCCCGCCGACAGCUGAGCGUCGCCUGCACCAUCUGCUGCAUCUUCAUGGUCGGGGAGGUGAUAGGCGGGUACCUGGCGCACAGCCUGGCCAUCAUGACGGACGCGGCCCACCUGCUGACGGACGUGGGCAGCAUGUCCGUGAGCCUCUUCUCGCUCUGGGUCUCCACGCGGCCGCCCACCCGGACCAUGAGCUUCGGCUGGCACCGCUCGGAGACGCUGGGUGCGCUGGCCUCUGUGCUCUCCAUCUGGGUGGUGACCGCGGCGCUCGUCUACCUGGCGGCCGCCCGCAUCGUCAGCGGCGACUACGAGAUCGAGGCGCGAGCCAUGCUGGCCACCUCCGCCGGCGCCGUGGGGGUCAACCUGGUCAUGGCCUACGUGCUGCGCCAGUCCAGCGCCGCCCACAGCCACAGCCCGGGCUACGAGAAGCUGGAGGAGGGCCCCGGUGGCUGCUUGCCCGGCCGCACGCCCCUACCCGGCAGCACCAGCGUCCGCGCCGCCUUCGUGCACGUGGUGGGCGACCUGCUGCAGAGCGUUGGCGUCCUCGUGGCCGCCACCGUCAUCUACUUCAAGCCCCAGUGCAAGAUUGCAGACCCCAUCAGCACCCUGCUCUUCUCCAUCUUCGUCCUUGGCUCCACCCUCACCAUCCUCCGUGAUGUCUUCAGAGUCCUCAUGGAAGGGGCGCCGCGCGGCGUCGAGUUCAGCGCGGUGAAGGAGGCGCUGCUGGCGGUGGACGGGGUGAAGGGCGCCCAUGACCUGCACAUCUGGGCCCUGACGCUGAGCCACCACGUGGUGUCGGCGCACGUGGCCGUGGACGCCGGCGCGGACCCGGAGGCCGUGCUGUGGGACGCCACCGCCCAGCUGCGGAGCAGGUUCGGCUUCGCGUCGUGCACGGUGCAGGUGGAGCGGUACUCGGAGGAGACGGCAGCCUGCUGGCACUGCCAGGACCCCCGCGCCUGA